AUCCGAUCCACAUUCCUAAUUUGCCGCUGGUCUGAGCAAAGAGGAUAUUGAGAAGAAACUUCUGCAAGAACUAUGCUUAGAGAGUUUGAACUCACUGGCCACUUACAAGCUAAUUUGUAUGCAGAACGGAUAUAUUAAGCCAACAGAUGUCGGUAGAUUGAUGGCUUCCUACUACAUGGCAUUUGACACCAUCAAGCUGUUUGGCACUAUACAGGGAUCGGAAGCCAUCCAAGACCUGGUGACGCUCAUCUCAAGCUGUCGAGAGUACAAAGACAUCGCACUCCGCGUCAAUGAAAAGAAAGCCCUGAACACAUUGAACGUGGCCAAAAAGCACAUCAUACGAUUUCCAAUGCCCGGUAAAAUAAAAACCAGUGAAAUGAAAAUCAACUGUCUCAUUCAAGCUCAGCUGGGAUGCGUCCUCGUGCAAGAUUUUGCGUUGAUACAGGACACUGCGAAAAUCUUCAGGACUGGAAUCAGACUUACAAAAUGUCUCGCCGAAUUUUUGCAACAAAAGGAUAAACGGAAUAACUUCCAGGCCGUGCUGAAUGCAGUCCAACUCACGAAAUGUUUUCGUGCAAAGCUUUGGGAGAAUUCACCUUCCGUUUUAAAACAACUUGAAAAAAUCGGCUUCUCAAUGUCCAGCGCACUGGUCAACGCUGGAUUGACAUCUUUUGAGAAAAUUGCAAACACUCAUGGACGGGAAAUUGAGUUGAUAGUGAACAGACACCCUCCAUUUGGGAACCAGAUGAAAGACGCCGUUCAGCAUCUUCCCAAGUACCAAGUCAGCAUGGUGCAGGUAGAUGAGUCCGAGCCCUCAUCAUACGGUCACCGGCACUACAAGGCUGUGGCUGAGGUGAUGAUCACAGUGGUUCUAAAGAACUUUGCGGAGCUGCAGUCCCAGCGCACAGCUCUGGACAGCCACAGCUGCACGCUGCUGAUGGGCAACUCCGACAACAACCUCGUCCACCGGCAAAUCAUCACAGACGACAUGCUGCUGAGAACGGGGAGUUGGAUGAAGAAGCUGGAAGUUGUUCGGCCGGAAAAAAGUGACGAGCUCGACAUCCACCUUCUCAGCUCGACGUACGUUGGUAUGGACAUCCAUCAGAGCUUCACUCCAUCCUACUCGAGCCCACGCGCCCCUGGGCUCUAUGGGAAUGAGAGGCAUCUGCAGGCCCAAUCCCUGCAUGCUGCUACCUGUGAGAAACCAAAGACGUCUGUCUCAGCAGCAGGAGCAGCAGCAGCACAAGCAGCCGGCAAUGUGAAGCAACUUGCUGGCUUGGAUGAAUCCAAGAGAGGCUGUCUUCAUAACUGCAAAAACAAACAAAUGUGUGGGCACGAGUGCUGCAAAGGAAAUGUGGCCAGGUCAACGCCGCUGGCGCCUAGCACCUCGAGCGCUCACGUGCGGAGCUACUUGAGUGAACUCAAAAGCAAGAGCGUGAGUCUGACCGGCGUUCCAGAUAACAAAAGGCUCAAGGUUUGCUCUAUAAAGGGGGGAAUCUCAGUGAACUUAUCCAAGUUUGCUUACGCCCCUAAGCCUCAGUGUGGACCGCAUGACGACAGAUGCAGUGGUCCUUCUGAGCUGCUGUUGCCUCAAGGCGAAUUGGCUGUGACUGCUGGUGACAAGAGUGUGGAUGACACGUCGGGGUCCAGAGAGUUGCCAAGGGGGGUGGACAAACUCCGAUCUCCCUUGAGCGUCGCUCAUGUUCCGGUUCCAGCAUUUCAACAUCAAGACGACAGUCGAGUCGACAAGAGGGAUGACAGCCGUAAGAAGAGAUCUUACGACGACAGAAGCUCAGGACUUGAUGUGCAGUGGAAUCUUCCGGAGCGGCGUGUUCAAGCCGCCGUUCCGCCGUGUGUCGCACGGGCCAGUCAACCUCUGCCGACGAAUUCCGAGCGGGUGGCAUGCGCUGAGAAAUCUUGCGGCGGUUCCAAAAGUCGCAUGUUCUUGUCUCCAAGCUCCACUUGUGUUCGACCGAAGGAAGACGCCGAGGACGCAAUGAAGAACUUUCUGGAUAUCUUUAGAGGGAUCUUCUGAGUUGGUGAAUUGAUUUUGAAACGUCUGACCGCGGUGUUCUAGUAUAAUUGCGUCACUUAUAUUCUUUACGGAUGAUCACAGCAGUAAUUGCCUUGCCUGCAACACAACUUGUAUAUCUUCUUGGUUCUUUCGGUAAAGUCACGUAGAAGGGAAGUAGUAAAAUAAUAAAAAUAAAACAUAAUAAAACAAUUCUCACGACGUUUCGGCCACAACGCAAGCAGCCGCCCUUCUACGUGACUUUACCGAAAGAACCAAGAAGAUGAAUCCCUGCAGUCACGAAAGCUUUAAAUCGAAAUACAACUUGUAUAGGUCUGGUAACGUGUUUUACAAUGUAGGCUAUCUAAUAAAAGCACGUCACGGUUGCUGUUGAAUCUCUAAUCCUCUGAUUGUGUUCCCAGUUGCAGUAACAUGUCCAAGA